UUGGGCUGUCUUUUAAAACUAUCAAGGACUUUAGUCUUCAAAUUCCUUGACUUCUCAGUCAGGCCUUUACAGGUUUUUUCUCUCAAAGAUAGUAAGAAAUUUUCUCUCAAAGAUAGUAAGACCUCAGCUCUCUUUCGAUCCCCUAAUUUCUCACUUAUUACAUGUUUGGGAUGGAUUAUCUCUCUCUAGCUCUCUUUCAAUCCCUUGAUUUCUCACUGAUUACAUAGUUUGGGAUGGAUUUUCUCUCUCUAGCUCUCUCUACAAUAGCAGGGGCCUUUUCCCUGCUUCUUCUCUUCAAAUUAUCCACCAAAAAGCUCUUCAAUAGCUCCUAUCCACCAGCAGUUGGCUCCAUUAUCAACGAGAUCAUAAACUACAGAAGGCUUUAUGAUUACCACACUGAUCUUUGCCGAAAUUACAGGACUUACAGGCUCCUUUACCCUUGGAGUAGUGAAAUUUACACGGCCAACCCCGCGAACAUCGAGUACUUCCUCAAAACUAAUUUCUCAAACUAUGAGAAGGGGAGGAGCAAUUAUGAAAUAAUGAGUGAUUUUUUGGGUGAUGGGAUUUUCACAGUUGAUGGGGAUAAAUGGCGUCAACAAAGGAAGCUAGCUAGCUAUGAAUUUUCAACAAAGGCCGUUAAGGAUUAUAGUAGUCAUGUGUUUACCAAGAAUGCUGCGGCUUUGGCCCACAAAGUUUCAGAAAUAGCGGCCCCUAACAAAGUAAUCGAUAUGCAGGAACUAUUGAUGAAGUCUACAUUGGACACCAUAUUCAUAAUUGGGUUCGGAGUCGAAUUGAGCAGCUUGCUGGGGGCAGAGGAGAAUGGUAAAGCAUUUGCAGAGGCCUUUAAUGAAACCAAUGCACUGAUAUUCUGGCGCUAUGUGGACUUUCUUUGGAAGUUUAAAAGGUUCUUCAAUGUUGGAGCUGAAGCCAAGUUGAAGAAGAGCAUCCAAACAAUCGAUGAGCUCAUUUACAAAGUAAUUCACAGCAAAAGGAAGCUCAUUUCCACUCAAGACCACUCUAACAAAGCAGACAUACUAUCAAGGUUCAUUGCAUUAAGUGAAAAGGAACCUGAGAAAAUAACAGACAAGUUCUUAAGAGACAUAAUCAUCAACUUCAUGACAGCAGGCAGAGACACCACUGCUGUGACUCUCUCCUGGUUCCUUUCUAUGGUUUGUCGUAACCCUCAGGUAGAGGAGAAGAUUGUGGAAGAGGUGAGAGAAUCGGUGAAGCAAGGGAACGAAGAAGAGAGAGUGGAGACAAUUGAAGAGUUUGCAAAUAGCCUAACUGAUGCAGCAAUGGAUAAAAUGCCGUAUCUCCAUGCAGCUCUUUCAGAGACUCUGAGAUUGUACCCUGCGGUUCCUCUGGAUGGGAAGUGGUGUGUGAGUGAUGACACUCUUCCUGAUGGCUUCAAACUGCGGAAGGGAGAUGGCAUUCUUUUCCCAGCCUAUGCCAUGGGGAGGAUGACAUACCUCUGGGGAGAGAAUGCAGAGGAAUUCAGGCCUGAAAGAUGGCUGGAAAAUGGAGUUUUCAAGCAUGAGUCCCCUUUUAAGUUCACAGCUUUUCAGGGAGGACUUCGCAUGUGCUUAGGAAGGGAAUUCGCCUACCGUCAAAUGAAAAUAACAGCAGCCAUUCUCUUGAGGUUCUUCAGAUUCAGAUUUAAGGAUGAGAAUAAGAAGAUCAAGUACAGAACCAUGUUCACUCUCCAUAUAGAUGGUGGUCUUCAACUUCUGGCCUUUCCAAGAUAAAAAAUCAGCAACAACCAUUGCGCUAUUCAAUGGACAAGUCUUAUUCCCUUUGCAAAUAACUACAAUGGCUCUAGCCAAAUGAACAGUAUGGCUUUAGCCAAAUAAGCAAUGCACUCCAUGUUUACCGUC